UAGUAAGAUAAAGACAGCUAACAUACGUUCAGGUUUCACACAGAAAACAAAGGCACACACAUUCGAACAUGUUUCAAAGAUAUCUGCUAGUUUUUUCAAUUGGUCUCAUUUUCUUCAAAGAUGCUGUUAUUACGGUGGAUGUCACUAUUCCAGAAAACACUGUGGUAGGAAAAACUGGUUCAAAUGUAAUCUUACCCUGUAUAUACAGUUCUACCCCUGGUUCUCAGUUUGUUCUUGAAUGGAAGUUUGCACCGGGAAAAACAGCACCAUCAGAUGGACGCCAGAUUUAUUACUAUUCCAAUGGACAAACCUACAAACCUGGAUCUCAGUCUGAAAGACUAAGUAUUUCAGCGACUCCACCAGUUACAGGAAUUGCAUCAAUUCACCUAAAUAAUAUUAUAUCAUCUGACAGUGGUUCCUAUGUGUGUGAAGUAAACAAUCCCCCAGAUUUCAGUGGCACUGGCUCAGGAAUUGUGAAACUCAUAGUUCAAGUUCCCCCAUCCACCCCAACAUGCCAGUUGAAUGGGAAAGCCAUAGCAGGAAGCGAUGUGACAUUGAUGUGCAGUUCCGCUGAAGGUUACCCAACUCCAGUUUAUUCAUGGACUUUUGCAGGAUCCAAGGUAUCAUCCUUUCCUAGCAUGUUGGAAAAUGAAAUAAGCGGAAGCCUCCUUAUCACCAACAUUUCACAGGCCAAUUCCGGAACAUACCAGUGCUUGGCAACAAAUGACCAGGGGACAGCAACAUGUGACUUGACAGUUUCUGUUACAACCGCUGCUGAUGCCGGAACAAUAGCAGGUGUUGUCGUAGGAGUUCUGUUGGCAAUACUGUUGAUUGUAGCUGUAGCCAUUUAUAUUUUAUGCUAUAGAAGAAAACAGAAGAAGGCUCCGAAACCUGAUUACCCUGGAAAUGAAAUAAGGGAAGACGCAAUGUCACCAGGAAUGCGUGAGGGGAGAAGAUCCAGCCAAACAGACUCAUACCUUUUAAAUAAUGCAGCAACAAGGCAUGAAAGCAUGGUUGUUUAAUAUAAAACUAAAAAGGACAUUUUACAAUGUAAGAACAGACAAACCCCAUGUUUUUUUCUUUAUCUAGCCAGAUAAGUGGCUACCUGGUAGGUAGUUCUCCAUUUAGCAAUCAAAUCUAUAGUAGGCAACACAAGAAGACAACAGCAGCAGCAGAAGAAGAAGCAAUGACUUAAAUAAGGUAGCCACAUCCAUUGAAGCUAUAGGCAGAAGAACAAUAUACACCUAAUUCACUGCAAUGUCUAUAAAUAGUGGGAAAUGUUACAUUUGUCAUUUACUAUUCCUCUAGGAACACAGGAGUGUGCCCCUGAACACAGGUUCAGAGAACUAGAGGAAUGUCUGUGUUUCGCAGUACAGCAUGUGUGCAUAAAAGGUCAGAUUGCAGAUAUAUUCUGUACUUUGCACACUGCUUUCAUUGCUGUUACAUGGUCCCUAAAUCUCUGUCUCUCUUAAUUUAUGCUAGUUGUGUAAUGGGCUCUAAAUAAAGUGUCUGAAAGCACAGGCUGCACUGAUGGGGGGGAGGGGCAUUAUCCUUCUUUGUGCCAGUAGCUGAUUAAAAGACCCCUAAAAUUUCUUUCAGACAUAUCUAAAAAUAAGAAUGGGUGGAAAAUAGAUUUAUUUUUUUAUUUACAGAGAAAAAGUUUUGAUUUUGGUUUUUAUUGUCAACUAGUUUGCCCCAGUAAAAAACAUUCUCUCAUCCAAGUAAGAAUUUUCUAUAUAGUGACAUUAUAUCAGAAAUUUUCCUGGUACAAAAAGUAUGACUGCCUUGUGAAACUGAUAUUUGCUUUAUUAUUACUUUGAAUGUCAAAAUAUUCUAGAAAAACGUAACAAAUGUUUCUCAUGGAAAAAAAUUUAACCAUCCAGCCUGAAUUUGACUUUUUGAAAAUAAUUAUUUUUCAGCAUAUGCCUACACAUUUAUCUAGCAUAGAUAUAUAGUCCUACUUUAAACCCAGUGCCAGAUUAAAGUAAAAUAUGUUAAAUAUUAUCGCAUAAGGGGUACCCAUUAUUUCUUUAUUAAAAUGACGGCAUGCGGGAUUAGCAGGUCACCAACCUGCUUUACUGUUGAUUUCAAAAUAUAUUUUUAUGUUAUAUUAUCAAAGUCUUGCAAACCUUUUCAUUAUUCAAGGCACUAGACCGGUACAAAACUAGAGUAACUGGGUUUCUGGGUCAAGGCAAGAAGGAAUUAAAGACUGCAAACUAAAAUUGUUUCCCACAGCAAUCAGGAAAUCAGUUAUUUGAAAUAUAUUAACAUAUGGAAACACACAUAGGCACACACACAUAUAUAUUUAUAUUAGUGAUUCUUUCACUUUCCUUUUUUCUUUAUAGAGAAACUUGUCUGUCAUCAUUCAUGUACAGUUAGGGGCCUAUUUACUAAGGUUUUCUAAGAAAAGUUACAUUUUAUGAUUUAGAUUUAAGUAUAUGUUUUUUUAGAAGUAUGUGAUUGUUUUGUUUUUUCUCAAAAGAUUUUAGAUA